CGUCCCAUGACAGAAUUAAAAUGUGCAGCAGACGAUUAUAUUGAUACAGUAUUCACAUUACAGUUGCAGGCAAAUAUCAUGUCUAAAUUAACGUUGGAAUUACCUGACGGAAAAACACUUAAAUACACGCACUCGUCUGGUUUAACAUAUAAUGAGAUAGUAUUAGGUUUUGUACCUGAUCAAGACAUGACGGCACAAAAUGAGAGAAUAAAAAACCUUCAUAUCAGAGACGACGAUGUAUACCUUGUUACUUAUCCUAAAUGCGGCACUCACUGGGUAUGGGAAAUUAUAAGCAUGCUAAUUGCCGGAAGUUCUGAAUACCUCACGAAUACAAAGGAAGCCGCAUUUUUAGACUUCCAGUUACCGGAGAUGACAGAAGCUAUCCCGUCCAGAAGAAUCUUAAAUUGCCAUUUCCCUUUCAAGUUAACACCCAGAGAAGUAUUUGAGAAAGGCAUUAAGAUUGUACAUGUUAUGAGGAACCCGAAAGAUGCAUUUGUAUCAUUUUAUCAUCAUAUGAAGACGAUAGGUGGAGAUCGAUUUAAUCAAACUUUCCACGAGUUUCUUCCACAAAUGCUCGGAGAACAUGGCUUUUGUGUGUAUAUUUAUAUGCACUAUCCAUGGUUUAGAUACGUAAAAGAAUGGGAGAAGUUUUCUAAAGAGAACCCUGAGCAGAUACUUAAUCUUUAUUUUGAAGAUCUAAAGGAGAAUUCUGUCCUGGAAAUAAAGAAAAUCAACAAAUUCUUGGGAACGGGACGAAGUGAUGAUCUCAUUGAAAUGAUUGCGGAUGCAUGUACAUUUCAAAAGUUGAAAAGAGCUGAUGCCGAAGUAAAAGUGUUCCCAGACUUUAUGCUUCAUGCUGGAAGACCAUGUUUCUACAGAAAAGGCGAGGUGGGAGACUGGAAGAAUUACUUUACAGAUGCGGAAAAUGAAAAUAUGGACACGUGGCUUGCAGAAAAUUUAAUAGACACAGAUUUAAAGUUCCGAUACACACUUUGAAUCCAGGGUCCAAUCAUAUUUUUGAAAUCUGAUAAAAUGAACCAGUCUUUGACCUUUUUUGAGUUUUUUUACCU